AUGAUGCUCGAGGAGUUUCAUUCAUGUGUCAGCAGCACCGCGAGCGGCUCUCGGCUCAUCUCACUCACUCCAGCGGUCUUUAACUCAGUGUUCAGGCGCACAGAUGGCCAACGCUGGUCUGCAGCUCCUCGGCUACACUUUGGCUUCUCUGGGUCUCUUGGGUCUCAUCGCAUCUACAGCCAUGGCCGAGUGGAAGAUGUCCUCAUACGCCGGAGACAACAUCAUCACCGCCCAGGCCAUGUACGAGGGGCUCUGGCAGUCCUGCGUGUCUCAGAGCACCGGACAGCUCCAGUGUAAAACAUACGACUCCUUACUGCAGCUACCAGGGGAAGUUCAGGGCGCUCGCGCUCUCAUGAUCAUCGCCGCCUUCCUGUGUGGCAUCGGUCUGCUGGUCGCCGCCGUCGGCAUGAAGUGCACAACCUGCCUGUCUGACAACCAAGAGCAGAAGAACAAGGUGGCCAUGGCUGGAGGCGUCCUCUUCAUCAUCGCAGGGGUUUGUGCUCUUUCUGCCACAAGCUGGUAUGGAGAAAACAUAAGACGGAAGUUCUUCGACCCGUUCACUCCAACAAAUGCCAGGUAUGAGUUUGGCAAGGCUCUGUACGUGGGCUGGGGAGCGUCGGUGCUGGCCAUCAUCGGCGGGAGCAUGCUGUGCUGUAACUGUCCAAACAAAGCUGCUGGGAAAUCAUUCCCGCCUCCUUCCCGCGCAGCAGGACGACCGGGAACAGACCGCGUGUGAAUCCACAGGAUCAGCAGUCAUAUGAACACAACUCUGUCUGCCAGUGAUGUGCCAAUCAGUUUCUGUAUGUACUUGUACUACUGUAUGUGUUGUAAUACCAAAACUUCUCACGAUGUUUCAAAAGGCUUAAAUCAAUGUGUUGCUUCAUGAAUACUUAAUAAAAUAUUUUGAUAAUACAUUUUCUGCACUGAUGUUAAUGAACAAUUCAUUAAACAGUUUAUUCUUACCUUAAA